AUGUUUGAGUACAAAGUAACGUUUUGUCUUAUAUUCAUAUCUCUCUACGCUUAUGCUCAUGGCUCUAAAUUCAAAAAGUCAUUUUCCUCGACAGAUGAUAUUCCUAUAUGUUCAACAACACUACGAUCCUCACCGAAAUUUCGUCUUCAAGAACAAUACGACAUAAUUAUACUUGGAGCAGGCGCUGCUGGCAGUAUUAUCAGCGCGAAACUUGCUUCGAAUUUAAACAAUAUGAGUAUAUUACUUGUUGAAGCAGGUGUAGAAACAGGAAACAAUGAUAACGAGAAUAUUACGAAUCCAGCUUUGUGGUUGUAUGUAGUACACAAUGAUACGCUAGAAUGGCGUUUUCAAACUGUUCCUCAGACAGCAUUAAAUAAUAGAGUUAUCGAUCUGGGAUUUGCGAAAGGUACGGGUGGUGGUGCUAUGCACAAUGCUAUGGGAUACGUUCGAGGAGGACAGAAAUGGAUGGAUGCUUGGGAAUUAGAUGAAGGCGCAACCAAUUGGAAUUCUGAAACAUUAACACCUUAUUUUGAUGCUGUAGAAGAUAUUCUGAAAGUUGUCUACCCCGCAAACGACACACAGGGUCUAGUCGAUGCUAUUUUCGAAGCGUCCAGAACAGCAGGAUUUCCCUAUAAUCCAUCAUAUAAUCAUGGACCAGACAUGCUUGGUAUUGCUAACUUUGUCAUGAGUAUCAAUGAUGUUGACAAGACAACGAAACAACGAGCAAGGGAUCCACAUUAUACCCGCGUUACUUCCUACCAAAAAUAUCUAGAAAAUUAUAUACCGUCCAAUCUACAGCUUGUGACUGGUCUUCAAGCUAUUGGUUUUAAUUUUAGUGAUGGAGAGGUUCCUGUUGUAGAUUAUGUGGAAUUAUAUAGUGAACAACAUCAAUGCAAAUUUUCAAUUGCAGUGAAGAAGGAUUUAAUUUUGAGUAUGGGAGCUAUAAAUACACCUAAGUUGUUACAAUUGAGCGGUAUUGGUAACGCAACUCACUUGCAAUCGUUAGGUAUUAAAGUUGUAAAAGAUCUUCCAGGUGUUGGCAUGAAUUUACGUGAUGAUGUCGUUGUCAACCUAGUUUUUAAAACCACUGCUGUCGAAAUUGAUAGUCCACCUGCCUCUUUUCUAAGUGCAGUCUUAUUUGCGGUCGAUAAUAGUACAGCACAAAGCGUGUCCUAUCGAAACGGAACUGGUUCAUUAACAAAUAUCGAAAUGCUGUUUAGCACAGGAAAUAUGAUUGGAAAUUCGUGGCCUAUUGAAUGGCAAAAUUCAAUAGUUCUAUCACCUAACAUUCAACAAUGUAAAUCGCGUGGUACAGUUAUGAUAGAAAGUCUAGAUCCAUUGGCAUUUCCUACUAUCGAUCCAGCUUACCUUACUGUUGACACAGAUUUUGAUCGAGUGCUCAAUUCUAUCGUACUUGGACGCGAAUUAUUAUCGCAACCAACUUUCUUCAAAUGGAAUAUUCAAGAAGUUUUACCUGGUCCAGAUUAUACUACUCGUGAUGAAUUGAUAGAAUGGAUUCGUACUCAUGCCACAACAGGCUUUCAUUAUAUUGGUACAUGUAAGAUGGGAACAGAUAAACUCUCCGUAGUCGAUCCACUCAAUAUGAAAGUUCGGGGAAUUGAUGGUUUGAGAAUUAUUGAUGCUUCUGUCGCUCCCGCAUCGUUCUCUGCCAAUACUCAAUCGCUAACGUAUGCAGUAGCAGCACGAGCUGUGGAUCUUAUUCUAGCAGAAUAUAACAUUAGAAAAUAA